AAGGCCUUAAUCUCCCUGUGGUUCCUGUCUUCCUCUCGGCGGCGCUUCAGCGAGCCGAACCGAAUUUGUUCUGGGUCCUCACGUCGGCCCUCCGCUGCAACUGCGAGGGCGUCCGACACGGCCCCACGGGUACUUUAUCUCCUCAGUUAAUCUGGUUCCAGGGUACCUCAUGAGUGACGGGGAGUGUGACUUCUUCUGCUUCUUCCGCUGCUGUUGAGCAUCGAGGCAGCUGGGAGCUUAAGCUUCCCAAACGCCGAGUGCUGAUUUGUGGAGGGCAUUAGCAAGAGCGGGCCCAGAGGAAUGUCCGUAGACAUGAACAGCCAGGCCUCUGACAGUAACGAGGAUGACUUCGGCCCCAACUCGGAGGAAGAAGAGGAGGAGGAAGUGGGCGAGGAAGAAGACCAGGGGGACAUUGCAGACUACUAUGAGGGUGUUGCCAGUGAUGUGGAACAGCAGGGGGCAGAUGCCUUUGACCCAGAAGAAUACCAGUUCACCUGUCUCAGCUACAGAGAGAGUCAAAAAGUCUUGUCGGAAGAUGUGAACAGGGUUGCCAGCACCCUGAAGGUUUCACCUGCUGUAGCUAAACUGGUCCUUGUCCACUUUCAGUGGCGAGUGUCAGUAAUAUUAGAAAGGUACAAGUCCAGUUCGUCUCAACUGCUGUGUGAAGCCCAAGUCCAGCCCAGCACCUGCAGGUCCAUGGCGGUGUCUACUCACUCCUUUCAGUGUGGGGUGUGUCUGCAGUUGGUCCGGAAAGAAGCUUUGCUCGCUUUGCCAUGCCAGCACUCCUUCUGUAAGGCAUGCUGGGAACAACACUGCACGGUGCUUGUUAAGGAUGGUGUAGGAGUGGGUAUCUCAUGCAUGGCCCAGGACUGUUCCCUCCAAAUGCCAGAGGACUUUGUGCUCCCACUGCUGCAUGGGGAUGAAUUGAAGGACAAAUACAGACGCUACCUCUUCAGGGACUAUGUGGAGAGUCAUUUCCAGCUGCAGCUGUGUCCAGGGGCUGACUGCCCCAUGGUCAUCCAAGUUCAGGAGCCUCGUGCACGGCGAGUGCAGUGCAGCCGUUGCGGCGAAGUCUUCUGCUUCAUGUGUCGGCAGAUGUACCAUGCCCCCACAGACUGUGGCACCAUACGAAAGUGGCUGACCAAAUGCGCAGAUGACUCAGAGACAGCAAACUACAUCAGCGCGCACACUAAAGAUUGUCCUAAGUGCAAUAUCUGCAUUGAGAAGAAUGGAGGCUGCAAUCACAUGCAAUGCUCCAAGUGCAAGCACGAUUUCUGUUGGAUGUGUUUGGGAGACUGGAAGACGCACGGCAGUGAGUACUACGAAUGCAGCCGCUAUAAAGAGAACCCUGACAUUGUCAAUCAGAGCCAGCAGGCCCAGGCCAGAGAGGCAUUGAAGAAAUACCUCUUCUACUUUGAAAGGUGGGAGAACCACAGUAAGAGCUUGCAGCUAGAGGCACAGACAUACCAGAGAAUCCAGGAGAAGAUCCAGGAGAGGGUGAUGAAUAACCUGGGGACCUGGAUUGACUGGCAGUACCUGCAGAAUGCUGCCAAGCUGCUGGCCAAGUGUCGCUACACACUGCAGUACACCUACCCCUACGCAUACUACAUGGAGUCUGGACCUCGCAAGAAGCUGUUUGAGUACCAGCAGGCGCAGCUGGAGGCAGAGAUAGAGAACCUGUCCUGGAAGGUGGAGCGAGCCGACAGCUACGAGAGAGGAGUCGGCGAGGGAGAGCUGAGUGCCAAUGACAGAGGGGAUCUGGAGAACCAGAUGCACAUCGCAGAGCAGCGGAGACGGACGCUGCUCAAAGAUUUCCACGACACCUGAGUCCCUGUUCCUUCCAGUUGGCUCCCGAUACGUCAGCCUCUCCAUAUCACUCUCCGUUCUGUCUGUUCCCCCUCCUUCAGCCCCCUUCAUUUCCUGCUUAGGUCUUGUUUUGGUUAUGGGUGCAUUCUUCUUUUAGUUUGGUUGAACUCUGCUUUACCACGCAACACCUCUCAUGAUCGUUUGCUGACAAAAGAAACACCACAUUCACGCAGCACGUCACAUAAGAGAACACGCGCACGCGCGCACACUUUCAAAUACAAACAUGUGACGAUAAGAAUGGACAGACGCUAGAAGAGAAGGUCUCACUAAAACCCACAAGCACCGCCAACUAAUAUCUUUUCUCUCCCAUAGUCACCCAGCCUGUUUUCCAUUUUUUCUUCUCCUAAUUGUUCUUUAUUUUUUCUGAGAAAUGGCUGUUAAUAGAACUAGCUCAUUUAACAGGAUGAAAAAGUGUAAUUUUCAAAGGUUGUACAUUAAUACAGAAAUAGUUACUGAGAGUUUUUAAACAAACAGCUGGUCUCCUGUUUUGUGUACUCUGUGCCCCCUCUCAAAGUUAAAUGAGUCAGACUGAGCAUUAUCGAAGUUUAGUUAGCUGAUAUAUGAAUUGGGAGAUUUAAAAGAAAAAAUCUACAAGUGUUAAUUUCAACUGCUUCUUAAUGUAUGUUUUAUGAUCACACAUUUUAUGCCUAAUCCAGUCUCUCGUAUCUGCGUCAUUGUAAUUUUUUUUCCCCUAUUAAGUCAGAAGUCUCAAUAUAGUGUUAGUUCAUAGGGAAGUUGUUCCAAGUCACCUUUCAGCAGAUAAUU